UGAGGACCUAUCACCACCACCGAGUGGUCUGCGAUCGACCGCAGCGAAGAUGAUGUCCCGUGGGAACCGUGUGGACCGAGUCAGGAUACUUGUCGACACAAGUGUCUUCCCGUUCCGGAGACCGGGGCGAUGAUGGCCUUCCUUCGGGGAAUUUUCCGCAUAUUUCGCAUGGCUCUCUUUAUAGUCCCCUUACACCCGGUGGAUCCGACCUUUUCACCAUUCGUUCUGGGAACAGGGUCCCUUCCUGUUGGUGCCAUCAUGGACCUGAGCCUUAUCCCAUCUCCCCCAACUGAAACCGCGAAGGCGUGGGCGCGGGCUCACGCCGGCGUGACUAUCACGCUAAACAUAGUCGCGUUUCUGAUGUUCUGUGGAAGGGUGUAUACGAGGUCAUAUCCUGUAAUGAGGCUGAACGCUGACGACUAUGCCAUAGCAAUAGCGUGGCUCCUCAUCUUGGCCGAAUCGGUCUUUCUCCUCCUCACCGUCCCUUUUGUUUUUGGUAGGGAUCCGUCUACGAUCACACUCCAAGACCUCGAAAACGCCGUCAAGUAUGCGACCAUUGCGCAACCGCUAUGGGCCUGGGGCAUGGCCGCUAUCAAGACUUCGAUCGCGCUCAUGUUAUUGCGCUUUGAGACGAACCGCAACCUCCGUCGCUUUCUUUGGGGCAACAUAGCCGUCCAAGUCGUCUUGGCGUUCUACAACAUGCUGAGCCAGCUCUUGCAAUGCUCUCCUCUCGACAAACUCUGGGAUCUCACCGGCACAGCACCUGGUAGAUGUUGGAGCGCAGAAGCAGCCAAAAUCAACCUUAUCUGCCAGUCAGUCAUUGUCGUCGCGACGGACAUCAUAUUAGCACUCAUGCCGAUCAGCUUCCUGCGAAAAGUGCAACGCCCUCUGCGAGAGCGCAUUAUCAUAGGAAGCUUGAUGGGACUUGGUAUGCUCGCCAGCAUAGCGUCAAUUGCCAAAAUAGAAGCCUCACUUCGCCUGGAGCAGGUGGGCGAUGCCACCUCGGUCGGAAUCCAGGUUGGCAUGUGGUCUGCCGUCGAGGAGCUGAUCGCGUUUAUCUGCGCAUGUGUGCCUUGUUUGCGUUCGCCAUUCCAACGUCUCUUGAAGUACGUUGGUGUCAUGUCCACCCAGAAGCCAUCGACUGGGCGAGGCUACUACAACAUGGGAGCCCAGGCCAGAUCUACCAAAACGACGAAGGGGUCAGGAUCAAGGACUCUCGCGGACAACAUCAAGACGAAGCGAAGCAUAGCCCGGGAUACAGAUAGCGAUGAGAUCGUCUUGUCAAAGGACAACGGCAGGAAUAGGGGGAUAUGGCGCACCACCGAGGUUCAUGUCGAAGACGAGAUAGGACUACCGUUAUCGAUCUACAAAGGCCCUCCAGAUGCUCAGGAAAGCUGUGAAGAUCACAGUCCGACUUCUGGUACCCAUGCGAAGGGUAACUACAGUGUUUAGAGGUAGGUAUCACAGAUGAUGACUCUUAAAACCUACGACAACACCACGAUUUGAUAUCUUAUCACGACAGCAAUCUUAUUCUUUAGCGAAGAUACCACUAAGCAUAUUAUUCGUAGCGUAUUCAGUCC